UGCUUCAUCUCGCGGUGUUCAAUUUAUUUCAUCCCCAAAUCUUCUUCAACUUUUUUUCCCAUACCGACUUUUACCUAAUAUUUAUUUUUUAUUAUAUUUAUUCAGACAUUGAAGAGUUGAAGGAAAGAAGAAGAAAGUUGAAGAAGAAAAGAUGGGGAGUUGAGAAAAGUUGAGACCACUUAGAUGAAGGAUGUGGGGAGUCUAUAUAAUAAAAAGAAGUUGUACAGAGAAUCUUAGCAUUACAAUGGAGGAAAAGCCAUUAAUUAACAUACAAGUACUCUGGGAAAACAGAUACAAUCGUUCCGAUGAAGCAACAGCGGCAAUACUAGGACGCCUGUAUCAAAUGCUAGUGGAAUUGUUUAUUAAUAGGAAACCAGAUUCUGUGAGUUUAAUAUCAAAAGAUAGUCUACUUCAAAUAUGGGUACCCAAAGCAAACGACGACACUCUUUCGGCUAAGGAUUCUCCUUACGGUAUUGCCUAUGAAAAGGAGGGUGGUUCUUCUUCUCAACUACCACUGUAUAGGAAAGAGUCAUCCCAAAUUGGAGUAAAUAAAUAUAUUACUAAUCGUUCUUCAAAAUUUUCAAACCAAGCCAAUUUCUUGCAUUAUCAACUGGCAAAGCGUUUUGGAAUUCAAGCUUCCAAGGUGCUGCCAAUAUUCGACUUGUAUUCUCCGACACCAAGUUCCUGUAUUGCUGUUCUUGAGCUGGUCACUACUAAAAAAGACCCUGACUUUGCCAUUGAAGAGUAUCGAGAAAUCAAGAGGGAGCUUGAGAAAAUAAAUUUGGCAACUUCAUACAGCGGCAGACACUAUUUCAUGGAGGAACCGGUAGCACAAGGUGGCUUGCUUCCUUCAUUGAUGGCCAACAAGGUUGAUGAAGUUUAUGGGGUCAGUAGUACUAAUUCUAAUUCAGUUCUGCUCCAAAAGACUCCGACGGUUUGUGCAAGGCUUCCUAUAGUAGGAAAAAUAAGUACUUGUAAUAAUCAAGGGGUAAAGGUAGAUGCACCUGGAUUCAAACUUGAUGAUGAAGCUACUAGCCACCAACAACAAGUGCAAGAGAUGGAAGGAUGGCGAAGAUCCUGAGCUUCCAAGAGUCCUCUGAGACGUUUGCAAACAGAAUGCAACUGUUCCAUUGUAUGUACACUGACACAAGGCUUCCAACUACCAAAUCCGUUAUUUAUAGAAGGAUCCAAGGAAGGACAACCAAGUAGUAUAAGAAGAAAUUACAUAUUUCUCAAGGGAGUCCUCCAGUAAUAAUUAAGUGUUUUCCUUUUUAGCUAGUUUUCGUAUAAUUUUCUUGAGUAUUUUCCUUCUUUCUAGCAAGUGUAGUUUUAGAAACUCCUUGUAGGGCCUUUUGGAUUGCCCAACUUGUUUCUACGUUUGAAUUUAAGAGUUUGAAUCAUAAUAUUAAUCUACAAGAAUAUGCCUCUGGUGCAGUGUACCCUGUUCUUUUGCAAGAUAACGUUAAAGGAGUCGGAUAAAUGAAUGCAGUCUUGU